UUAAAAGAAAUAUCAAGUCCAUCUCAGCAUUUAAAAUUUGGCGUAUCGUGAAUGCAAAGGUACUGCUAGGUCAUUCUUUAAAUUUGAUUUCCUUAGUCCUGGGUUAAUAUCACUUUGGUUAUUGCCAUUACAUUACAGAGUCACUGCCUUUGAGGCUGUUCCUCUGAAGGAUUAAAGAUAAAAGCAACUGAACUUUGUUUAAUUGACUAACAUUUUAAGAUACUAAAGGUGUCUACAUUUCAGGUGACUACAGUUAAUUUGCCCAGUAUACAUACCACUCUUCUACUUCUUUUCAGUGUGCUUCCCUGCGCUAGUCUUUCUGCCUAGGAUUACAGCCCUCUCUCUUCCUUCUGCUCUGCUUGUCAUGUGUGGGUUUCAUGUGCCAGUGUCUUUUCGAUGCACCUUUAUUCAGCACUGGAUGUGUGCAAGGCAUGAGCCCAGUGGUGCCAGGAGCAUAAAGCUGAGUAAUAGGCGUCCUUUCCUGAGUCAUCACCCGGUGGGGACCAACCACAGUGGGGACUCAAGUAAGGUUCAGUCCAGAACCUUCCUGGGGGUGGGGAGAUCAGGAUGCAAGGGAAGAGGGGAGUCCUGGCAUCUAGAGAUGGGUCUUGAAGACUGGGAGGAAGGGGAAGAGGUUUACUACGUGCCAGUCCCUGCUCUAAGCACCACCUGUGUAUCUGUAUAUUUCAUCCUUUUAAGAGCCAUAUAAGGUACAGUCAGUUGUUACCUGCAUUUUUUACAGAGGAAGCUGACACAAAGAGAAGUAAAGUAACUUGUUCACUGAGCACACAGCUCAUCAGUGGUACUGCUGGGGUUCUAACUGAGGUAGUCUGGUUGCAGAGUCCAUGCUGUGAAUUGCUACACUGGACGGUUGGGGUUUGGAGAAGUGAAGAUUAAACGUUGUGACACCCGGGAGGUAGAUGGGGAAGCCACGGUGAUCACGGGGAUAGACAGGUCAGUUUGGGCCAUUUUGCUAAGUUCCUGGAAUCCGACACUGAAGGGGAUGAUUUGUAACAUAGCCGUAGGCUUUGUGGGUCCCAUCAUCUCUGCCGCUUCGUUUGGUGGCAUGUUGUAUUAUAUGAGGCGAGUCUGUCUGCUUUUCUCUGUGGUAUUCAGUGUAACCUAAAUCCCGUGAUAGUGUUUCGAGGGCCCUUUUGGAGCUACCACCUGAACUUGUUGGUUCAGUGGCUCCAUCAUAUUUCCUAGUUCACUGGAGUGAUUCAUUUUGUGUGUUUGUUUUUAUAAAGUGAAUGGUGUGGGUUUUUAAAAAAAAUUUCAUUUUAUUUAUUUUAUUUUUGGCUGCACUGGGCCUUUGUUGCUGUGCGCGGGCUUUUCUCUAGUUGUGGCAAGUGGGGGCUACUCUUCGUUGCGGUGCUUGCACUUCUCAUUGCAGUGGCUUCUCUGUUGCGGAGCACGGGCUCUAGGCGCAUAGGCUCAGUAGUUGCGGCUCGCGGGCUCUAGGGCGCAGGCUCAGUAGUUGUGGUGCACGGGCUUAGUUGCUCUGCAGCAUGUGGGAUCUUCCUGGACCAGGGCUGGAACCCGUGUCCCCUACAUUGGCAGGCGGAAUCUUAACUGCUAUGCCACCAGGGAAGCCCCAGGAGUGAUUCAUUUUUAAAAGAACCCUGAAACUGCCUUUCAUUACACCCACGUCUCAGGAAGACCUCAUACUACACUGUUACAAGUACUGACAUAUGGCUAAUUGCACUGUGAAGGAUUUGGACUUUUUGAAGCUUACUGAAGCCCCUUGUGCCACGCCGCUGAUCUGCAGCUUCGGGAGGCCGGUUGACCUGGAGAAGGACGACUACCAGAAGGUGGUGUGCAACAACGAGCACUGCCCUCACAGCACCUGGAUGCACCUGCAGUGCUUCUACGAGUGGGAGAGCAGCAUCCUGGUCCAGUUCAACUGCAUCGGCCGGGCCCGCAGCUGGAACGAGAAGCAGUGCCGCCAGAACAUGUGGACCAAGAAGGGCUACGACCUGGCCUUCCGCUUCUGCUCCUGCCGCUGCGGCCAGGGCCACUUGAAGAAGGACACGGACUGGUACCAGGUGAAGCGGAUGCAGGAUGAGAAAAAGAAGAAGUCGGGGUCGGAGAGGAACACCGGGAGGCCCCCCGGUGAGGCGGCGGAGGAGGCCAAGAAGUGCCGGCCGCCCACCAAGCCCCAGAAAGGCCUGAGCCACGACCUGCCCCGCCGGCAUUCCAUGGACCGGCAGAACUCCCAGGAGAAGGGCGGCGGGGCCGCAGCCUACGGGGCGCGCUCCCCCUGCGGCUCCCCGGGCCAGUCCCCGCCCACCGGCUACUCCAUCCUCUCCCCCGCCCACUUCAGCGGCCCCCGCUCCUCCAGGUACCUCGGGGAGUUCCUAAAGAACGCCAUCCACCUGGAGCCUCACAAAAAGGCCCUGGCGGGGGGCCACGUGUUCCGAAACGCCCACUUUGACUACAGUCCGGCCGGGUUGUCAGUUCACAGGGGGGGCCACUUCGACGCGCCCGUGCAGUUCCUGCGGCGCCUGGACCUGUCCGAGCUCCUCACUCACAUCCCCCGGCACAAGCUGAACACUUUCCACGUGCGGGUGGAGGACGAUGCCCAGAUGGGCCAGGGCGAGGAUCUGCGGAAGUUCAUCCUCGCGGCCCUCAGCGCCAGCCACAGGAACGUGGUGAACUGUGCCCUGUGCCACCGGGCACUCCCGGUGUUCGAGCAGUUCCCGCUGGUGGACGGAACUCUGUUCUUAAGCCCCUCGAGACACGAUGAGAUCGAAUACGAUGUUCCCUGUCACCUCCAAGGGAGGCUCAUGCAUCUGUACGCAGUGUGCGUGGACUGCCUGGAAGGGGUUCACAAGAUCAUCUGCAUCAAGUGUAAGUCGCGGUGGGAUGGCAGCUGGCACCAGCUGGGCACCAUGUACACCUAUGACAUCCUGGCCGCCUCUCCAUGUUGUCAGGCCCGCCUGAACUGUAAGCACUGCGGGAAGCCAGUGAUCGACGUGCGGAUUGGGAUGCAGUACUUCUCCGAGUACAGCAACGUCCAGCAGUGUCCACACUGUGGCAACCUGGACUACCAUUUCGUGAAGCCAUUUUCCUCCUUCAAAGUUCUCGAAGCUUAUUGAUGAAAGCUUUGCUUUAGUAAUAGCUAUUUUAUUGAUAUUAUUACUUUAUUACAUAUCUUUUCUAGGGAAGCCUUCUGUGACAUUCAUUUCUUUUCUAAUUGAAAGGAGAGUUCCUUUGUGUAUGUGUGCCACUAAAAGGGGGGCUGCCCCUUGCCUUCUCUUGACUCCCGAGUGUUAGUCUGUGGUCAUGACCAGAGCCCAGCCGGUACUCCUGUGAGCUUGGGGGAGCGGUUAACUAUCACUAAGAGUCUCUUGGGCAGCUUUUAGGGUGGUGGGGAAGAUGGGGUGAAUCUAGGAAAGGGAUUAUGUGGUCGUAAACUGAGAGCACGGUAGGAGUUGGGAAGAAACUCUUACUAAAAUGUUAACUGUCUAAAGACCCACUUUUAGAUCUUCUCUGGGCCUUGGGAAAAACAUGUGACAAGUGAAUGUAAUCUGUGCCUGGAGAGCUGAUGGUGUGUUUGUCCACCUUGGUUUGGCGUUCCGCAGUGCAUGCUGGCCUGCAGUUUCCCCUCACUGACAGAUCAUUGGAAGGUGGACAUGAGCCCUGAUUCUAUCCCUGUUGUAGUUUAGCAGCCAGUUUUCAUACUGAAAAUAAUAUCCAAAUUAUAAGGCAUAUGAAAGUAUAUAUUUUUAGGUAAGCUGACCUAUAACAAAGAGAAUAUGCUAAAUGAAUUUGGAAAUGAUGCAGACUGACUCAAGAGGGCAAACAGGCAGAACGCUGUCAUCUGAACUGUGUCUUUGAAGUUGGUCAAACAAGCUCUUAAGGAGAAUCCAAGAAUAACAUGAUUUGAGCGGUACUGAUUUAUACAGCUUGCACUGUCGAAGUGCCAUUUGACGUCAGAUCCUUCUCACAGGUAAAUCUCACAGCCACAGACCCGGACUGGUGAGUUUCAGAACCAAUUGCCGUACUUGUCUUCCCCCCAAAUUGCUUAUGGCUGCAUUUUACCCCUUUAACGCUGCGUUUCCCAAAUCAAAGAUUUUGCCCUACGAAGGAAAGGAAAAAAUUAUUUGUGAACCUUUGAGGAAAAGAAUAAUUUUAGUAUUUCUUUUUAAAGUGUUUCAUUUUGGGAUAUCACUGAUUAUAAUGCAUAACAAUAUGUUUGAAAAUAGAUUAUUCUGAAGAUCUCCAUGAUACCUUACCAUUGGUGAAGAAGAUGAUACUUUACAGAACUUGAUUGGUCAGAGCAUUGAGCUUUCCAAAGUCCCAGCCUUCUGUUUAUUAGAGCUUUCUGAUUUAAGUAGACUGACACCCCAUACCUUUAGAGAACUGGGAUUGGAAUAUGAGUUCUCAAAAAUGAAUUUGAUAAUUUCAACUAUAAUACACAUAUAUGCUAAAAGAAUGUUGAAAAUAUGAUCCUUUUAUGGGCAGCUAAAUUUGGGGUUAUGUGAAUAUUUUCUAUUAUUUCGUUUAUACCAUUUUUUUUUCCUCAGAAAAGCAGUUGUUUUUCCUCUCAGAAGUGUUCAGGCAUCAUUGCAAGUGAGUUUCAGUUCUGCUACAUGGAAUAUUUGAUGUUUUGUUAGAAAGAACACAGCUGACUGUGAGAGAUUGACUAAUAUUCUUUAUCUUUCGGUUUGCAUGAUUGUAAUUCGGCUGACAACAUCCAGUUUGAUGUUUGAUGAUCUGAAGAGUAUCACAGUGAGGGGAAAUGCUGAAUGUCUGUAAGAAGCAGCAAAUUGUCAUUGCUUUCACAGUAUUUGAUGCAAGGAAAAGAGGUCUAUAGGACACAUCCCUUGCAAAUUUAUGUUUAAUACACAAAGCUGUAACUGAACUAGCUGUUUCACUAUUGAUUCUCUCACGUACCCAGUUAUAAAACUUGGUGAGUUUCUCUUGUCUUCAGAGUACCAUUGGAUUUUAUUUCUGAAUUUAAAAUGAAUAGUAAAAUAUUUGUUCUUUAACCCACCUCAAUUUCUAAAGAGAAACCUGCUUGUAUUGUUGUUCUGAAGCUUCAAGUUUACGUGUAGAUCACGUUCAUCAAGCUCCUCAGCCUAUAGCUUCUGCAAGUGUAGCGUCUGAUGCGUUCACUAUUUUCUCCUCAUAUUGUUGUCUACUCUGAGAAAUAAGUAUGAGGAAGUUUCACUGUAAGUGAGUAAAAUUUGCUUUGGGCCUUUAUUUUGAUGAUUAAGUUAGGAUUCUAUGGUUGCUGAAUUGAUAUAAAAGGAGAGGCACAGGUAUCAUAUCCAAGAGUAUCUUUUGCCUUUAAGGCAUUGCGUUCUUGUCUAAAAUGGAAAAUUUGGCUGAUUUGAGAAUAAAAUGUAAUUGAGUAUGCAGCCAUGUGAAGAAUAAAUUUCAUUUAGGAAACUGCUGACCUUAAUAUGUUCUCCACACUUUCUCAAAGUACUUUGCUCUGAGUACCUUGAUAGGAAUUGGAAUAUAUCAGAAAAGAUGAUUCUUUUUGUUGUGGUUUGGAUAUUAAAGGGUAUUAGUCACCCAAGAGAUCCACUUUCUGUUUUUCUGAUACAGUGUUCAGUAACAUGAACCUACUCAUGAGUGACUAAUAAGUGAUUUUUAUCUGCUUUAACUUGUUUUAGUUUUAAGAGUUAUACCUUGAACAAAUAAAAUCACCUGCUUUAGUUUAAUGGGAAGACUGUUUCUGAGCAUCUCAUCUUCUUCUUCUCAGGCCAGCUCAGUUCUUCACUCUCUUCUGGUUGCGCUUGAAGCAGUUGAAAUACUGGGUUUACACCUUAAAAGAUAGACAUUUGCUGUGAAGUUAGGGAGUGGGGUGAAUUAUCCCAUUGUAAUUAAGAAAGAGCUUUCCCCAAACAGUCUUUAAUUCCCAGUUUUUGUAGAAGAAGCUCAUUCAUUUUCUGAGUAAAAAGUAUUUUCGUAUCUGUCUGGGGGGAAAUUAACUCAUCAGGAAAAUAUUAUUAGGUGUUUAAGUCCUAAAACUAACAGAUUAAACUGAUAACGUAACUUAUUAGAUCACCCAAACUGACUUGCUGAAAUCUUUUGUUUUGUCCUGUAAGAUCAAUGCUUAACAUGCAGUCUCUCCUCCUGUGCCCAGGUCAGUAACUCCAGGUUGCUGUUCUCUUUAGUCUCAUGGUAGCAGCUGUUGGGUAAUUUUAGUCGGAGGUUGGGGAGGAGGUGAGGAGAAAGUGCUCUUGUUCAGUGUUUUGUUUCCUAUAAAAGGAUGCUGCCUAACCCAGCUCAUCUCUGUGUCCUGUUGACUUUAUUAUUAUUCCAGGUAAUUGCAAGAAAAUAUAAUGAAUGGGCAUCAUUAACACCAGCUCAAAAACGUAUUCUUAUCAGUGAAGAUUUCUUGUCAAAUGUCUUGGAUUGCACUUUUGUUGAGGGAAGACAGUGUAAAUAGUUAAAGAAUGUUGAUAAAAUUGAAACAUUUGGUUAUGGAAUUGUGUGGUGUUAGAAGGUUUCUGUUUGUGAAAUGUAUGUAUUAAAAAUAAUAAAAUUUCAGAAACUAA